AAUCAACUUUGCAGCCUUGUCUUUCAUUACUCAGAAGCCAAACCCUACAAAGUACAAACAACACACUUCUCUCUCGUUUCAGAGACUCGCGCUCGCUGGCUCACUCACCCCCUGCUGACGUUUUUCUAAUCAGAUAGAGAUCGAAAGAAUCCAACAAGAUGUUUGGGGUUAUAAGAAGAAGAGUCGCUAAUGGAGGCUUGUCUUCGUCGUCAUCUGCGAUUUUGAGGCAGUCAUUACAAACUAUUCGACCUGCGCCUUCGUCUACCUCUAGAGUCUCCGACGAGAUUUUAACUCAUGCCAGAGGAUUUGAACAUGUUCGGAAAUUCAGUUGCUUUGUUUCUCCCCGAGGCAGGGCAAUUAGUUCAAGGCCCGUGAGAGAAGUUGUUUCCAACAUGGAGCUCGCCUCCAGCAAGAAAACUUGGAGUAGGCCAUUUUCUUCAGACACUGGGGAUUUGGUUGAUGCUGUUGUUCCUUUUAUGGGUGAAUCCAUCACUGAUGGCACUCUAGCAAAAUUCUUAAAGAAUCCUGGUGAUAGUGUAGAAGUUGAUGAGGCAAUUGCUCAAAUUGAGACAGAUAAGGUGACAAUUGAUGUUGCUAGUCCAGAAGCAGGUGUGAUAAAAGAGUAUAUAGCCAAGGAAGGGGAUACUGUUGAACCAGGUGCCAAGAUUGCUGUCAUUUCAAAGUCUGGUGAAGGUGUAGCUCAUGUUGCUCCAUCUGAGAAUAUAUCACAGAAAGCUGCACCUAAGCAAUCUGCUUCUCAAACGAAGGAUGAAGAAAAGCAAAAGCCUAAGGUUGAAGCUAGACCUGUCCCAGAAAAGCCUAAAACUCCAGCAACACCACCUCCUAAACGCUCUGCUACAGAACCCCAGCUUCCUCCUAAGGAAAGGGAAAGAAGAGUUCCUAUGACAAGACUUCGGAAAAGGGUUGCAACCCGAUUGAAGGACUCUCAGAACACAUUUGCUAUGUUGACAACAUUCAAUGAAGUUGAUAUGACUAAUUUGAUGAAGCUUCGCUCUGAUUACAAGGAUGCUUUUGUUGAAAAACAUGGAGUGAAAUUGGGCCUUAUGUCAGGAUUUAUAAAGGCUGCUGUCAGUGGUCUCCAGAAUCAGCCUAUUAUAAAUGCAGUUAUUGAUGGGGAUGAUAUCAUAUACAGAGAUUAUGUAGACAUUAGUAUAGCUGUCGGUACUCCAAAGGGCCUUGUUGUUCCAGUUAUCCGUAAUGCUGGUAAGAUGAACUUUGCUGAGAUAGAGAAGGAAAUCAACACCCUUGCAAAGAAGGCAAAUGACGGGACAAUUUCAAUUGAUGAGAUGGCUGGAGGUUCAUUUACAAUAUCGAAUGGAGGUGUUUAUGGAAGCCUUUUGAGUACACCCAUUAUCAACCCCCCUCAGUCGGCUAUAUUGGGCAUGCACUCGAUAGUGAGCCGUCCAAUGGUUGUUGGAGGUAAUGUUGUUCCAAGGCCAAUGAUGUACAUUGCACUCACAUACGACCAUAGGCUAAUUGAUGGAAGAGAGGCAGUUUUCUUCUUGCGUCGUAUCAAAGAUGUUGUGGAGGAUCCUCGCAGGCUGCUCCUGGAUGUAUGAACAUGGAUUCAAUUUGAAGAGUUUUCAGCCAUGCUGACAAUAGAACAUACUAUAUUUGACAAGAAUAAAUACUCUUGAGAUGGAAGUUUUGUUGGGGUUUGUUGUUAAUUUGACCCUAGGAGCUUUUCAUUUGCGGCUUGCCAUGAUUUAAUCUAAAAUGAGGAACUGGCUACAUGUUCUUAUUUUAUAUUUCAAAAUGAUCAGCAAACUGCUCUUUUAUUUUUAUACAUGUAAGAGACUCCAGAUUCUGGCAAAUAGCACGUAUAGUGCCCAUAUAUCAUGAAAUUUAUAUGUAUUUUUGAA